AUGAGCAACAGCCCCUCCACCUUGACCUUGCCCUCCCAGCCACUCUUCCAGCUCACGCCGCCCACCACCAUCUCUCCACCUCCCCCACCCAUCUCACCCAGCCCCGCCAGCAGUCCCUCCUGUCCCUCCUCUGGAUCCCCACGCCCCCUUCCCCGGCCCACCAUGCUUGCUGACUGUUGCCGCCCCUCCGUCUGGGAAGCCAUCCAUGUGCGUCUUGGGCUCAGCAGGCCCCUCCUCCUCAUCCCCCUUGGCCCCCUUGAUCUCUGGCGAGCCUGCAAGCGCACACUUGACAGCCAGAACUGGGGCCCGCCCGCUUCCGUGUCGGUCUCCGCACUGCCGCCAAGACCCCUCAAAUCCACAAAUCCCCCUUCCUCACUCUCACCCAUCUCACCAUCCUUGCCCACCCCGCCCCCAGAAUGA